AUGAGCGUCGUACCACCAGAGAAUACUGACAGGCUCGAGCACGAGAAGCAGCACGAUGCUGAGCUCCGUCAUGACAAAGAGAUGCUGGAGCAUCGAGAGCAUGUUCACUCCGGAGAUGAGAAACAACAGACCAAGGACGAGUUGACUGCCGCCAGCGGGUCUUCCUCCGAGCCCCCCAGCGAAACAGCACCGGAGUAUCAAACCAAGACCGUAUGGACGCUGAAGACAUUCGUGGCCACCCUUGCUCUCAGCGGGCUCUACGUCGGCUCCCAGAUUCCCCUUUACUUCGUCGGCGGUUCCCUUUCAUUCAUCGCAAAGGACAUUGGUGGUUCCGAGGCAUCCGCCUGGUUAUCGGUGUCCUACGCACUUGCCCUUUCUGCGGUUGCUCCUUUCUGCGGCUAUCUCCAGGAUCUCCUGGGCCGCCGCCUCAUCACCCUUGGUGGUGGUGUCUCACUGAUGAUGGGCUGUGUUAUCCUCGGUACUGCCCACAAGUUUGGACAAGGGGUUGUCGGCAUGAGUUUUGCUGGUGCUGGUGCGGCAAUUGGCGAAUUGACUGCUCUUGCUGGGACCUCUGAGCUAGUACCCGUAAACAAACGAGGAAUUUACCUUGCCCUCGUCACAGCCUUUGUGCUCCCGUUCACUCCAUAUCUGAUGUACGCUCAGCUCCUGUCGACCUACCACACUUGGAGAUGGGGCAUGUGGAUCUGCUUGAUGUGGAACGGUCUCUGGUGGAUUAUCUUAUUCGUGGUAUACUUUCCAGAAUCCCAGACGCGAGCCAAGGGCAUGGCAGCCAAAGCCAUUCUCAAGAGGAUCGACUACGUUGGCGGAGUGCUGUCCAUUAUGGGCUUGACUCUUGUGCUAGUCGCCCUACAAGCUGGAGGUUACUCUCACCCCUGGAAAAGCGCAUUUGUUAUUGCUCAAUUGAUCAUCGGCGUGUUCCUGAUCGCCGCCUUUGUGAUUUGGGAAUGGAAGAUUUGCAAAGACCCUAUGGUGCCUCACGAGAUGUUUUCUGGACAAAGAAUUGUUGGUAUGGCGUAUGGAAUUGCCUUUAUUGCAGGGAUGAAUUUCUACGCCAUGCUUAAUUUCUUCCCUCUGGUGUACAGCACAGUCUUUGACCCUGAUCCGGUGCAUGUCGGUCUGCGAGGCAUUGCUCCCGGCCUGUCCACCACCUUCGGUGCGGUGAUUGCAAAUGCCGCGUUGUCCUGGUUCAAGGGACAUAACCGAGAGAUCCUCCUAGCCGGCUGUGUUAUCAUGACGGCGUUUGGCGGCUCUAUCGCGGCAAUCACCCCGGACCGUGAGGGCCUCGCCAUCGGUCUAGGAACUAUCACCGGCUUCGGGGUCGGCUCUGUGCUGGUCCCGGCCGCCACCGUGGCCAUCACAGUGACACCGGAUACUUCGAUCGCGACAUGCGUCGCACUCUCGCUCACGAUCCGCGCCGUCGGCGGCAGUAUCGGCUACGCCAUCUACUACAACAUCUUCAUCAACAAGCUCACGCCAAACCUCCCCAAGUACGUCGGGGAGUACGCCAUCGCCGCAGGCCUCCCGCUCACCUCCGCCACGGAAUUUGUUGAGACGUUCUUGACUGUGCCCGCCAACAUCACCAGCGUCCCGGGCGUGAACGCGACCAUCAUCCAGGCUGGAACCAUCGGGUCGCGUUGGGCGUAUGCUGAGUCGCUGAAGUACGUGUGGCUGACCAGUAUCUCGUUCGGUGGGUGCGCCAUCAUCGCGUGCCUGUUCAUCGGCAACAUCACGAAGUACAUGACGAACCGAGUCGCCGCGAGGAUCAGGGAAUAG